UGUACUGAGUGUGGAAAGACUUUCACUCAGGUGACACAUUUUAAGAGACACCUGAGGAUCCAUACUGGGGAAAAGCCAUACCAGUGUUCUACAUGUGGAAAGACUUUUACUCAGGUGUCUAAUCUCAAGAGACACCAGAAAAUCCAUACGGGAGAAAAACCAUAUCAGUGUUCAGAUUGUGGAAAGACUUUUACUCAGUUGGGUCAUCUCAAGGGACACCAGAAAAUCCAUACUGGGGAAAAGCCAUAUCAGUGCAGUGCAUGUGGGAAGAGUUUCAGCACCAAAAGAGAGCUCACUAUCCAUCAGAGAUAUCACUCUGGAGAAAGGCCAUAUCGGUGUUCAGAGUGUGGAAAGACUUUUGCUCACUUGAGUAACUUCAAGGCACACCAGACUGUUCAUACUGAAGAGCGUUAUAAGUGUUCAGAGUGUGGAAAGACUUUUGCUCAGGUGCGCUAUCUCAAGAUACACCAGAGGAUCCAUACUGGGGAAAAGCCAUACGCUUGUUCUACGUGUGGUAAGAGUUUCAGAAGCAGCAUUGAGGUCACUAUCCAUCAGAGAACACACACUGCAGAAAAGCCAUAUCACUGUUCAGAGUGUGGAAAGACUUUUAGUCAGUUGGGUCAUCUCAAGAAACACCAGAGGAUCCAUACUGGGGAAAAGCCGUACAUAUGCCCCACAUGUGGGAAGUGCUUCAGACACGAGUGUUCUUUCAGCCGUCAUAAAAUGAUCCAUGUAAGGUAAAAAUGAACACCAGUGUUCUCAGGGCCAGAUGCACUAACGCUUUUGUGCCCACUUCAGCCGAGCCGAGCUGUGUCAAAUUACGCAUUUCUGUAUCAUACGUAUGCAUUCCUAGGAGGGUCAGGGGAAAGUGGGAGUUUAUUACUGUGCUACCAGUGAUAAGAUUUUCAAGAGAAACUAAAACAUAGCGUACCAUACUGUACAUACCAAAGACAAAGACACAAGGAGCCAUAGUGUGGUAAGCUCAAAGCAGUUUACUACACGUUCAUGUUUCUGUUCUGUCUUGACCUGCAUGCUAAUAGUAAAAUGUUUGAUGGUGACUUCCUAUCUGGUUACGAGUUUGUUCCUGUGUGUGAGAUAAGUGCUGAAAAUAAAAG